AUGGUCAAGGAUACUACGUAUUACGACAUUUUGGGGGUGACGCCUAGCGCAUCUGCAGAGCAGAUUAAGAAGGCGUACCGCAAGAAGGCCAUACAAACACACCCCGACAAGAACCCCAACGACCCAGAUGCGCAGGCGAAGUUCCAGGAGGUCAGCAAGGCAUACAAGGUGUUGAGUGACCCGGACUUGAAGAACCGCUACAACGAGUUUGGGCUCAGUGACGAGCGGGGGGAGAUGGUCAUGGAGGAGGAUCCAUUUGAGAUGCUCAUGGCGGUGUUUGGCGGGGACUCGUUCCAGCAGUGGAUCGGCGAGUACUCGUUUUUGCGGAACCUCAUGAAGCAGACGGAGCUGUUUGAGUGCGAGGACGAAGACGAUGAGCACGGAGAAUCGCAAGAUAACAAAUCGGCGGGCGGCACACCCGCGGGCAGCGCGUGCGGGCGGGCGGAGAGCACGCAUCUGUCGACGUACCAGCGCACCGCGAGCGCGGGGGUGAGCGGCGGGGCGCGCAGCGGCGGGGCGCGCAGCGGCGGGGCGAGCAGCGGCGGGGCGAGCAGCGGCGGCAGCGGCGCGCGCACCGAGCAGACGUCUGCGUCGUCGGCAGACACAGGCACGUCGGGCAGCAGCGACCAGGCACGCAAGGACCGGCGGCACCGCCAGCGGGAGCGGUUCUUGGAGUUGGAGCGUGAGCGCCGGGAGGAGAAGAAGAGACAGAUCGAAGAGCUCGCGCGCAUUCUCGACAAAAAGAUCACCGACUACCAGAUCGCUGCGCUUGCGGGCCGGGUGAGCGAGUUCCAGGAGAGUUUGCAGAGCGAAAUCGACAAGUCGCUCAAGACCGAGAGCUUUGGGAUUGAGCUUUUGCAGUUGAUCAGCAAGGUAUACCGCAGCAAGGCAAAUAACUUCCUCAUGUCGCAGAAGACCUACGGCAUUUCCAGGAUCUUCACGGGCAUGCAUGAGAAGACCAAGUCUGUCAAGUCCACAUUCAGCAUGUUGAAUUCUGCGAUGAACGCUAUGAGCGCGCAGAAGGAGCUCGAGAAGCUUGACCUCGAAAACAUGAAUCCCUACGAGCGCGCGCAAAUCGAGUUCUUGAUCCAGGGCAAGUCCAUGGGCAUGAUGUGGAGCCUCAACAAGUUCGAACUCCAGAGCAAGUUGAAGGGUAUCUGCGACCGCUUGUUGGAUGACAAGACGGUGCCCUCGCGCCAGCGCGUGGGGAAGGCCAAGGCGUUGUUGUUCAUCGCCGAGAUGUUUGGUAAUGCCCGCCGUGCCCCCGGCGACGUGGAUCCCGCCAUCUUGGAGUUCGAGGAGAUGGUGCUACAGUCCAAGAACGUCCGCAUCAAGACUCGUAAGCAGCCGGGCAGGGUCACGGACCAGAACAUCUUCUUCGCGAAGUUGAACUCCGCAGACCAGGAGAACGUCCCGCCCACCGCGAACGGCCCGCCGCCAACACAGGGCAGGGAACGCCUUCACACUUCGCGCUCGCAGCACGCGUCCCAGAAGCCUGCUCCCUCGCGGCCGCACACUUCGCGCUCUCCACCCCAGCGUCCUUCGCCUACUCGCUCCACGUCGCAGCGUGAGCCACCGCAACGUCCCUCCACAGCACACCCCUCACCCACCCGCAGUUCUAAUCUUCCUUCUACCGCGCACGGGGGCUCAGUCCGCGGUUCUGGCUCUUACGCAACAGCUCGUGUCUCCCCGAUGCAUGACACGCCGCCACGCGCAGCUGCCCAUCCUCUCUGCUGA